GUUUACGAAAAUAAAAUAAAAGACAACCUGAACCAUGGUCUCGACUGCUCGCGCAUUUAAUAGCAGUCGUUUCAAAUUGUUUUCUUUUCGAUUUUAUAAUAAAUUAAUCUUAAAAUUCAGUACAAAUUGAUCAGCAAUUUCAAAAAUAUCACAAUGGAUGUAUUGAAGGCAGAGAUAGCUCGCAAGCGUAAACUUUUGGAAGAGAAAAAACUUGUGGAUGAAAAGAAAAAGUACUUUAAACGAGGUGAAUUGUUGGCUCAGGAGCAAGAGGAGUAUAAGGCAAAGUACGGACAGCAAGCCAGCGGUAGCGGAGAAACUCAGGCAAAUCACGGCGACGGCGACAAAUCACCGACAAAAGAUUCUAAGUUUGAUUUUCGCAAUCUUCCCCGAUCGGAAGUCAUCCGGAAGUUGCGAGAACGGGGGGAACCAAUUUUACUAUUCGGAGAGUCCGAAGCGGAUUCCUGUUCGCGGUUGCAUCACUUGGAAAUUUCGGCUCCGGAGAUUAACCGUGGAUUUAGAAAUGAUUUCCAGGAAGCUAUGGAACAAGUUGACGAAGAAUAUUUGAACGAAAUUCUGACCUCCAAUGGAACCGGCUUGAGUAAAGGGAAGUCCUCGAAUGAAGACUAUGCGAUUGACGAUUCUGUGACAUACGAAUCAAUACAGGAAAUGGCUGUACGCCUCGGGAGAAGCGGCAAAGAACAUGAUAUGCAUGUUAUAACCACUUUGAUACAGUUUAUGCUGAAAAUGUGGAACGAUCAGUUGAACUCGGGAACGACCGCGCAACGCACAGCGACCAAAUGGAAAAUCGCCAGGGCCACAUUCGAGCAGACUCGGUUGUACUUGAAACCCUUACUCCGGAAAUUGCGAAACAAGAGUAUACCCGAAGAUAUUCUGGACAGUUUGACGGACAUAACUAAAAGUCUCCUCAAAAGGGAUUACAUCCAUGCCAGCGAUGCUUACCUCACGAUGGCAAUUGGGAAUGCUCCGUGGCCAAUUGGUGUUACUAUGGUCGGUAUCCAUGCUCGUACUGGUCGGGAGAAAAUUUUCUCCAAAAACGUAGCGCAUGUCAUGAACGAUGAAACCCAACGGAAGUACAUUCAAGGGCUGAAACGAUUGAUGACCAAAAUGCAGGAAUAUUUCCCUACCGAUCCAUCCCGAUGUGUAGAAUACGUAAGCAAGAAAGAUAGAGUUGAUUAACAAAAACUAGCUAUAAGGCUUGUAGUUUAUAAAUUAUUUGAUGUAUGAAUAAAACUGGCCUAAGGUUAAUAUAAUUUCACGAA